UGGGUUUGUUUGUGGUCAAUAACAAUACAGAUGUGUAAUGAAUUAUAAAAAAAGUGAAUUUAAAUUAUAUCAUUAAAUGCAAAUAUUUGGAAAACCAACAUAUGUAACUAUUUUUAUGCGAUGCUAUUCGCAUGCUAUGUGUGUUCGUGUGAAACCAGUAUACAUUAAUACGCUACAUCAUUGUAAAUAUUGAAAAAAUGGCUUCAACAUCGGAUGAUGGAUUAGUGCUAAGCGGCUACCAAAAAAAACUAAAAACAAUGAAAAAAAAAUUCUUUGUUUUGUAUGAAAAAACCAACAAUGCAGCUGCACGUUUAGAAUAUUACGAUACGGAGAAAAAAUUUUUGCAAAAAACAGAACCAAAACGAGUAAUUUAUUUAAGUAGCUGCUUUAAUAUAAAUCCUCGUUUUGAUACUAAACAUAGAUUUGUUAUUAUGUUAUCGUCAAGAGAAGGCGGAUUUGGAAUUGUGCUCGAAAGUGAUAGUGAUCUACGUACAUGGCUGGAAAAAUUAUUAUUCUUGCAACGGCAUCAGGCAAACAUAAAUGGUCAAAUGCAAUCAACAUAUGACCAUGUCUGGCAAGUUUAUAUUCAAAAAAAAGGAAUGUCGGAAAAAGUUGGAAUUACUGGAACCUAUCACUGCUGCCUAACCUCAAAAUCGCUAACACUCGUUUGCAUAGGUCCGGAAAAAUUACCAAAUGGCGAUAGCCGAAUCUCUAGUAUUGAGAUUCUUUUGACAACAAUACGUCGAUGUGGCCAUGCACCUCCUCAAUGCAUUUUCUAUAUGGAACUUGGCCGUCAGAGUGUUUUAGGCUGUGGGGAAUUAUGGAUGGAAACGGAUAAUGCUGCUGUCGCUACAAAUAUGCAUAAUAUAAUUUUAAGCGCCAUGUCAGCUAAAACUGAGACUAACAUGAACUUUUUGAAUGUGUACCAAGCAAGACCUGAUAUUGGUCAGGAACCAAUGAGAAAACGUUCAUCAUCCGCAAACGAAUCCUCCAAACCAAUUAUACAAACUCGUCAAAGCGCUGUUGAAUUGAGGAAUAGUAGUUCCAUACAUAAUAGUACUUAUGGAAGAGAAAGGUGUGAUAGUUUACCAACAAGAAAUCGAACCUUAAGCGACGGCAGCAAUCAAAUAAACCUUGGAUCAAAUCAUGGUUUCCGAUCUAACACGAUUGCUGGGAACCGUCCAAACACUACCAAUAAACCCAACUGUAGUCCACCGUUUUAUACACCAUUAAGAUGCUCGGAAUCUGAAGAAUCAUCAAUUAGUGUGGACGAAUCCGAUGAUAACGGAACUUUUACCCCUUAUCGACGAAAGUUUGUUCGACCAAUUCGAGCUUACUCAAUAGGCAAUAAAGUUGAGCACUCAAAUCUAAAACGCAUUGGAUACAUAAAUGAAAGUGGAAAGAACUCACAUCGUGUUCGAGCUUAUUCCGUUGGUUCAAAGUCCAAAAUACCUCGAUGUGACUUGCAACGUAUUGUUCUUGUGGAAAAGGAUAAAAACAAAGCUGGGACGAACGGAAGCCAUAAUAAUAUAUUCACAGAUAAUUCUAUUCCAAGUGAAGUCAUUCAUACGAAUACAAUUCGAGAAAACAAAUCAACAAGCGCUCCUCUAUUGGGUCUUAAGCAUCAAGUAAACACUGAUCGUAUGAGUGAUCUGAUGGAAAUUGAUUUUUCGCGAACCUCGAUUUUGGUAAAAAAAAAGCGAAUUAAAGACGAUGACAUUCCCGAAAAUAUUGAAAAUGGUUUUUCAACAUACCGUCGAAACCUUCCUCUUCGAAACCUUGUUACUACUGAUCCAAACGUUCUUGAGGAACAACAAAUUAAUAGUGAACCUCGCGCUUCAGAUGGUGGAUACUUGGAAAUGAAACCGGUUGGUAAAACGGCUUACUGUGAGUCCAGUGUGGCUUUUCUUCAAAAUAAAAUGGAUAAGAUCAAGCUAAAAGACUUUUCGGAACCACAUAUACAGGAUUUAAAUGAAACGAGAAAAACAGAUAACCCCAAUCCAUCCGUAAUUGUUGAAGAACUGCAGAAAUCUAGUUUAAAUGAAAUUGGUUGUCAAACUAUGGAAUUAACCACCUCACCUGACAGUAAUGAAAAUCUUGGUUUAAUGAGGCAACGAACCAACAUGAAUCAAGAAAUUGAAAGCAGCAAGAAAAAUAAACCAGAAUUCGGCACAGGAGACCCAAGAUCAGUUCCAGAUGAAAUUAAAUUCGUAAAUUCAACAAGCAAUGAUGAAUACGCACAAGUUACAGGAAAAAUCAGUCAGUUUGCUAAUAAACAAAACGAUGUUGGAUAUAAAAUUAUUCACAUAAAAAGUGACAGCUCACUAAUCUCAUUAAAGAAAAAUCAAGUGGCCAUUCCUAAUGACGAUUCGGAGCAUAGACUUCAAGAUAAGUGUAUUAUGGUAGCCGACAAAGGUCAAGGUCCCAGCUCAAGCAAUGCGAAAUGCAAUUUGAAGAUAAAAAUAGCUGAUUUAAAAAGAACAGAUGCCAGUACAAUAUCCACAAUUCUUCCAAUUAAAAAUUUAAAUUUCCCAUCUGAUCACACUUCACGCAUAUCCCAUCCUGAACUUUACUACGCAAGUCUUGAUCUUCCCCAUGUUAGCGGAAAAAACACAGGAGCAUUUCUCAAAAGAGGCUCAUGUGAAUCGCCGCCAGUUGCAUUGUCUGCAGGAGGUGGGAAUGCGUAUGCAAAAAUUGAUUUUGAUCAAUCCGACUCAUCUUCCUCCUCAUCGAACGUAGUUAAUGCUUAAAGUUAAUUGUU